AUGGAGAACUGCACCAGAGUUACUCAGUUCCUCCUGCUGGGACUCACACAGAUGGAAGGGCUCAAGGGUAUCCUCUUUGUGCUCUUUCUGUUCAUCUAUUCAGUCACCCUCAUGGGCAACCUGGGCAUGAUCACCCUGAUCCACACUAACUCACAGCUCCACACACCCAUGUACUUCUUCCUGAGUGUCCUCUCCUUCAUAGACUCCUCCUUUACCACAGUAGACACCCCCAGGCUGCUGGAGAGCUUCCUCACCUCAGGCCAGUCCAUCUCCUUUGUAGGCUGUAUGGUCCAAAUGGCCCUCAUGACUCUCCAUGGUACUGCCGAGUGCCUGCUCCUGGCCAUCAUGGCCUAUGACCGCUUUGCUGCCAUCUGCCGCCCUCUCCUCUAUCACAACAUUGUGUCCCAACAUCUGUGUGUCCUUCUGGUGAUGUUCACCUAUACUGCUUCUGUUGCAAAUUCUGCUUUACUGACUGGGUACAUCUUCAAGCUGCCCUACUGUGGCCCCAACAUCAUUAACCACUACUACUGUGACAUCCCCGCUGUGCUCCAUCUUGCGGUCUCUUAUGCCUACAUCCUGGUGACCAUCUACAGGAUGCGUUCCCUGAAGGCCCAGAGCAAAGCAUCCUCCACGUGUGCCUCCCACCUCACUGUCACCUGUCUCUAUUACAGCACCAUCACCUUCAUGUAUGCUCAGCCAAGUUCUCUCAGUUCCAUGGAACAAAACAAAGUUGUGUCUGUCUUCUAUACUAUUGUCAUCCCCAUGCUGAACCCUCUGAUCUAUAGCCUGAGGAAUAAAGAUGUGAAAGCUGCUUUAAAAAGGAGAUGCCUUGGCAAGGUGCCUUCAUAA